AUGAGCGUUCCUUUCCCGUCCCUCUUCUCCAGCAAGAAGAAGCAGCGUCCAGACCCGGUGCACGACUCCGACUCCGACGACUCCCAAAAUGACCCGCCCGUGACUCGAUCCGCAGCCAAGACACAUACAAGGGGCAACAUGAGCCAAGGCAACCGCGAUUUCGCCACCGGAAACUGCAUGACCUGCAACUCCCUCGUGCGCUGGCCGCGAGAUCUCAAGGUCUUCAAGUGCACCGUCUGCGUCACCGUCAACGACCUCAGCCCGGAGGAGCACGCCGGACACAGGUCUGGUUGCGUCCCGCAGUGGCUCCGGGGCGCCAACUCUUCCACCUCGUCCUCGUCCUCGCCCCCGGAUCAGCCUGCCCGCCCGGUCGACAAGAGCGGCACCAAGGAGAUAUCAUUGGAACACACAAAGUCGUUAGUUCACAGCUGCCUUGAGAAGUAUCUGGUCCAGGUCGUGCGUCAAGGAAAAGCAGCAGAGAAGCAGCGAGGGCCGUCGUCAGGGCAUCCGCACUCGCCCAUCAUCCAGGAUGAUCAUUCGACCGGCCGCUGGAUAGCUACGAGUCCCGCGACACCGAAUUCUGUGUCGCAGAGGAUGCAGAAGGAGGAACCUGCAACUUGCAUGUUUAGCGAGCAACCGACACUUCGCCAAAACCCUCAUCAACAGUCUCCAAGAUCAUACUCAUCCUCCUACCCGGCUCGUCCAUUGGUGCACAGCAUUUUCGGAGAGGAGAGCAUCCGUCCUGCUGCACCUCCGCAGCCCGAAAUUGAUGGAAAGCGACUUUUCAAGCCCUUGGAGGACUAUCUCGUGUCAUGCUUCAGCUCGCUGCAGUGUGUGAAUUCGUCCUUUCUUCCAAGCCGUCCACAUUACACUGCCCGACCGGAGAGUGAUGAUUCCCAGCCUGUGUUCCCUGCACAAUCGACUGGCGACGCAACACGGCCAGUUUUUGCGCCUGAACCAAAGGGUGGAAAUGUACGACGACAAACCGCCGUGGCUCGAUCCGACUCCAAGUGUGCCGAGUCUCAAUCGCAGCUGGUUGAUCUGGAUCCCAAGCUGUUGCUGCUCGGUAACUUUGCGGAGAAUGGCAUGUGGUGGACAGGGAACCAAAGAGAGUCUCAACAGCAUGCGCAAUCAAAAGGACGCAAGACAUCAGAGGCUGCGCACUCAGUUGUAUCCAUGCGUUGCGCUCAGAUCGAAUGGGACCAGGUCGCUUCAUGGCAUUCGAGCCUCUAUCCGCCGCCGCACUGCAAGAUUUGGAAGAUGUUCUACUCGCAGCGCAAGAACGAGUGCAGAGGGUCCUGCUCAAAGUGA